GACAAAUCCAAUCCACAUGGAAGUUCCACACGCACUCUCUCUCUCUCUCUGGCCUUGCCUCUGUAACUUAUGACCUCUACAGCUUCUAACGCUUAAAACCCAGAUUUUUCAAAUCCCCAUGGUAUGUGCGCUCUUCUAUUUGCUAACAAUUGAACCGACUUUUAUGUUUAUGCACCAAAUAUUCGGCUUCAUCUUCAAGUUUGCUGAGUUGUUGAUGCUCUCUAAGCUUCUUAUACCCAUUUCGCACCCAGCGCCGUCGUACCCAUCGCCGUCGCCAUCUCCAUCUCAGAUUCAUUUGGUUGGGUGGGUUUCUUACGCAGCUCAAGUGAGAAACUGUGUUGUGACAGAGGAGAGGAGACUGAUGCGAACUGCUCAAAAUAUUGAAAAUUAAAGAAGAGAAGACGCAUGUUUGUGAGUUCUGGAAAUUCUACUUGUUGUCAGUUCCCCUUACCAGGAAUUGAUCAGAUGAAGGCAACUGAAGCAACUUUGUCAUUGGGGUUUGGCUUUUCUAAUUGUAGAACUUCUCUCUUGUGGAAGAGAAAUUCUCUACAUCACACGAUGUCUAUAAAUGCAUUCAAUGUCAAGUGCUCCUUCAAGCAAAGUAGACAACCUCUAACCAGUCCAAAAGCAAUUGAGAAGAAAACAAUCAAGAAGGUGGGAAGGAAAGAGCACCACUUAUGGCAGAAAAGAGACUCGGCUGGGUCUGGGCAAAAGGCACUCAAUCUCGUCAGAAUUGUCUCUGGUCUUCCUAAUGAGAAAGAGACAGUUUAUGGAGCAUUAGAUAAAUGGACAGCUUGGGAGACUGAGUUUCCAUUGAUUGCAGCUGUUAAGGCCUUGAGAAUCCUAAGGAAGAGGAGUCAAUGGGUGCGUGUAAUUCAGGUGGCAAAGUGGAUGUUGAGCAAAGGCCAUGGAGCAACAAUGGGAACAUAUGACACCCUUCUGCUGGCAUUUGAUAUGGAUCAGAGGGUAGAUGAGGCUGAAUCACUGUGGAACAUGAUUCUGCACACGCAUACACGCUCUAUCUCAAAGCGGCUGUUUUCUAGGAUGAUAUCUUUGUAUGAUCAUCAUGACAAGCAAAAUAAGAUAAUAGAGGUAUUUGCAGACAUGGAGGAGCUGGGUGUAAAACCAGAUGAAGAUACUGUCAGGAGGGUGGCACGUGCUUUUGAGGAACUAGGCCAAGAAGAGAACAAGACACUUGUUUUAAGAAGAUACCAGUGUAAAUGGAAGUACAUUCACUUUAAGGGUGAAAGGGUUAAAGUGAGAACUAAUGCAUGGGACGAAGAUGACAACUUAAGCAACUGAAAUGGACUUUGCUGGCAUUGACUUGAGGAUGCACAAUCUCAUCGUGAUAUCUGUUUUUCUUUUUUCUUUUUCUCCAUUUUUUUUACCCAUAGAUGAAGAUAUGUACAGAUAUAAGGUAAGAUUCAUUGCUACAUGCUAAAGAUAAAAUUCCGUUGUAAGAUCGACGAUUCUGUAUGCAUCCAUUUGAAGUAAUGAUAACUUUCUGAGAUGAGCA